CGAUUGGGCCUGUGAUUCCCGCCUGUUAAUCGCCUAUUCUUCGCUUCAUUGCUGCCACCGUAGCAACGGUUCCACCUGCCAGCUCAUUCACUCUUAUCGCCGGUUUCGUGACGUCUCAGGAGACAAAGAACCGGGUUAUUUCACCCAGGCCUGCAGCAUCUACUGUUUCUGCUGGGUGCAACAGCCUCUGUUCUUGAUUCCCGACCACGGCGUCAUCCGCUUAUCUUUCACUGCAUUUCUUAUCUCAGGUGACUCUUCACCGCAAUUCCGAAGAUGAAGUUUCUUCCCUUGCCCGAGCUCGAGGAUGUGACGAGUUCGCUCAAUUUCGACACCGCCGAUUGUCAUAUCAUGGGGGGUUGCGAUCUCUACACCACGAAGGCUGCUCGCGCCGAUCGGAAAUUGUACAAGAACAUCGAACAAUCACUCGAGGCUCAAUAUGAAUCGGUCCUUCGCCUGUCGGCUUCCUUGUCACCCCCCAACGCAUCGGACGCGGCGGCGUCGCUUAACCUGUCGCGGUCCAGUCCCUUUGGUCCCAUGAGUGACCAUUCGAGUCGACGGACCUUUGCCUAUCUGAUCGCGACAUUGAACGCCAGCCAUCCGGAUUAUGACUUCUCGCAUGUUCUGCGCCCGUCUGACUUUCAUCGCGAACGGAACCUGAAGCGGGUCAUGAACACGAUCGAUUCCACCCUGUUUAACCUCCGACCGCGCGAAGCUAUCGAUUUGACGCCUCCAUCGCCCGUAACGAUCUCGGGCUCCUACAACGCGGGCGCGUCUUCUACAUGGGGGCCGAGAAUGUGGAGAGUGAUUGACGAACAUAUGUCUCUUAAGGAGUGUUCCCUCUAUUCUUACUCGCCAGACGAGGACCCGUCUGAUGCGGAUGAUGGAGCGAUCUGGAGCCUCCACUACUUUUUCUUUAACCGACUGCGGAAACGCGUCUGUUAUCUUUACCUCCGAGCAAUUCCGAUCCUCAGUCAUACGCCCAGCGAGGGAGUGGCCACGCCGCCGACGAAGAGAAUGUUCGACGAUGGAUACAUGACUCCCGAACUCAGCUCGAGCAAGCGGGCUCGCUACUGGCUGGGUGAGGGCAUUGAGCUGGAGAGUGAGAGCGACGAGGACGCCAAUGGGACACAACCCACGCGUCCGGUCGUGGACGAAUACGAUAAUUACCUGUUGAGCGACGAGGAGUUCCGGUCCCGAUCGGGCAGCAAAGGCACCGUUCGGGCAAUGAGCGAGGAAAUCGCCGACUCGAUGGAGGUCUGAUUCUCCGCUUUCUUCUUUCAACCCAACCGACCAUUCCUUUUUCGCGCGU